AUGUUUCCAAUCCUGCUGAUAUCCGUUCUCCAAUUUGUUGUGGCUCCUGUCUUGGGACACAUCCAAAUAAUCCACGAACUCAAUCUGGCCUUGCGAACUGAACUCAAUGUGCUAAUCGAUGUGGAGGAUUUCCUCAGCUCAAGUAUCCUUUACGGUCUGGAUACUCCUAGAAUUCAACUUUCCUCCAAGUCCAUAGAAGCUAUGAAUCUUCGCCUUCGUGGAAAUUUCACCAGCCAAGCCCUAAUCAUAGUACAACUGAUGGAAUUUGGCUUGGAUCCCAAAGUGGUUGAUUUCCUGCCUCUCCUGUUGGAUCGCCUUCACGAGCUGCAUAUAGUAUUUUUAAGCAAGGAAGAUCCUGAAUCCCUCCAAACGGAGCUCUAUACCUAUUGCUACAAAGAGGGUUUUAUCAAUGUGAUUCUGAUAUAUAACGAUUGUCUCUACAGCUAUUUACCCUACCCAUCAAUUCAACCAAUUAGGCUCGAGUAUUUAACGAGAGGAAAGAGAAUUCGUAAUUUUCAGGGCUUUCCCGUUCGCAUAAUUCGAAGCAAUAUAACUCCUCGUGAUUUUGAGUACUACAACGAUCGGAAUGAACUGGUACGAGGAGGAUAUAUAUUCGCUGCCGCUAAAGAAUUCAUAGACCGCUUUAAUGGCUCGCUUACGAGUGUUCUCGUGCCAGAUGGCCCCAAAACGGAUUACGAAUGGUACCGAGCCGUGAUAAGGAUGGUAUUAACGAAAGAGAUUGACUUGAUUUGUUACUAUAAAGAUGUACAGUUCGAGUGGGACAUUCCGUAUACAGAGCCACUUUCGAUCAUUAAGUCAUACUUCAUUGUUCCUCACGCCAGACCGCUCUCCAGCUACCUCUACUACUCGCGGCCCUUUCGAUGGACCCUGUGGCUAGUUGUGGCCUUCACGGUCUUUUAUGGUGCACUGAUGCUCUACGUCGGUUCGGGACAGGAUCAAAACGAGAUGGGCGAGUGCCUGCUGUAUAGUCUGAGCCACAUUCUAAAUACGUGCAAUGAAGCCAUAAGGACUGCAGGCUGGAGGGACCAACUGAUCCACGUGAUUCUUACUCUCGGUGGCUUUAUGCUCACCAACCUGUACUUGGCCACGCUCUCCAGCAUCCUGACAUCGGGCCUGUCCGAGUCACAAUAUAAAACCAUAGAGGACCUAGUCGAUGCCCCCUAUCCCAGUCUGCACGACGAGUUAUACUUGAAGCAAUAUCGAGCAAAUACCUUUCUGCCCGAGGCACUGCGCCUAAACAGCGUGACCAUUAAUCUCACCUUGUUCAAGGCUUAUCGUGACUCUCUAAACAGAAGUUAUAUAUAUUUGUCAUUCGAGGACCGUCUGGAGCUGAGUCUAAUGAUGCAGUAUCUCUUGAAGACGCCGCGUUUCGAUGUAAUCCCCCAGGGUGUGACAUUUAGCCUCGAAGGAUUUUAUGUGUCCAGAAGCUUGCCAUAUCUGGGACUGGUCAGCGAGUUGAUGAGCCGACUCCAGGAACAUGGAAUAAACAUGAAAAUGAAGAGGGACACCUUCUGGGUUAUGAUAAAACAGAAGAUGUAUACCCUGAUGCGAGAUGAGGAGCCUACGACCAAGGCCUUUGACCUUCAGUUCUACUACUUUGCCUUUGCAUUGUGGUCUGUGGGUCUGGCGAUAUCUUUUGUAAUUUUCUUAGGGGAAAAGUACUAUUCAAGAUCUUCAAGCAAAAAUGAAAUAAAAUAUUGA